AUGCAGAACAACGUUCUGAUUGGGGUCCUUCUGUCGAUAGCAUUCGUCACCCCAGUCAUUGCAUGGCUGUUCUACCUUUGGUAUCGAUCACAUCUUACCAGAAUGCACCACGAAGGCCAGAUCUUCGACAGAAGAAACCGGGAUCGCGCCCAGGCCAACUAUGAGCCUGCGGAUGGAACCCACAACCCCGUAAUGGGACCUUACUUUACCCCUCGGGGUUGGGUUUGCCCAAAGACCCGAGGAUCCUCCCAUGUCCUGCGUCCGCCUCAGCCAGAGCCAGCAGAAGUCCCCCCUGCCCAGUCUCCCAAAGUCCAAGCGGGCCAAGACGAGCACCACAAUCAAUGGGGAAACAUAGAGGAACAACAUGACCAAACAAGCAAUCACAAUGAUGGAGAUUGCUGGGACAAUCGUCAAAAUACUGAGCAGAACGAUCACAAUAGCCUCUGGGGAGGCGAUUCCAACAAUGACCAAGGAGAACAGAGAAAUAUUCCAUCACGUUCUCCACGAAGAAACUCACAAGACAGCCAGAAAAAUCACGGCUGGGGCCAGGAUAAUGAUAGCCCGCGGGAAAGGAUCUCUCCACGGGACAACGAACACCACAAUGACCACGGAAACAGAAAUCUUCAGGAUGGGUGGGACAACGGCCGCCAUGUGUCCCCAGGCCGAGCGUCAAGAAACGAAGUGGAAUCCCGCCGUGGCUGGGGUCAGAGUGACGAUGAUGCACAGCAACACAAGCAUUUACGGAACAACUAUUGCAACGAAGAUCAUCAAGACCGCAACUCUGGGUGGGGAGAUGAUGAUAGAAAAAGUUACCAUAAGGAAAGCAAAGGCUACCGCUAUGCAUCCCCGGAGCGACAGUCAAGAGGGCGAUCAAGCCCCAACCGAGACUGGGGUCACGAUGACCAUGGGGAGCGGGAAAAGUACAGCCGCAACAGGUCCAGCCCCUGGGAACAUGCAGAAGAACACCGCGGUGGCAAUGAUACAGAGAAAAAGGAACGGUGGCAAAUUGAAUUGGAGGAGAACGAGAAGAGGCGUCGCAGUCGAAGCCCCCUAGGCAGAAGCUCAGAUGCAGGAUGGGGCAAGCGUAGUGGUUCGGACUGGAAAGAGAAACAGAAUUGGUGA